GGGCGUCCAUCAAGGGGUUAAAGUAAAGGAAUCCAGAUUCCACAUUCCUAGAGAGGCCACUGGGAGGAAAGGGAGGGGCCGAGGCGGAAGUCUUCUUUUCCCGCCGGCCGCGUCCCGCUGUGUUGAUUUCUUCCUUCGUCCCGUGCUGGGUGAGGCCGCUCUGGCCUUCCCCUUUGGCGGCUCCGGAGUCCUACGUGCGCGAGUAAUGUUGGCAAUGCAUUCUCAGCUAUUUCUUCUGUGGCUUGAAGUGGAAAAAACAUCAAUACGAGCAGAUGAAGCCAGGGGAGGAAGUCAUGGGACAGGCAGGUUCCCUCUCUUCCUGGUACAACUGCCUGGGCCUGAAGGAAUCUCCCUCUGGGCCGAAGGAAUCUCCCUUUGCUUUGGCUUUGGUCAAAGCUACCCACUCAUGCAGGCUCUGUUGACCUUUCGGCAGGUAGAUUACACGGAGGAGGAGCGGACUCUGCUGGAUCUGGGCCAAAGACCCCUGCACAGGGAAGUCACGGAGCAGAACUCUCUAGGUGCUGGAAUUUUAUUGGCAAUGCAUUCUCAACCACCUCUUCUUUCUGUUGGAGUGGAAGACGCAUCCGCACGACCAUUUCAGGAUCUGGUGACCUUUGAGGAGGUGGCUGUGCAUUUCACGGAGGAGGAGUGGGCUCUGCUGGAUCUGGACCAAAGAGCCCUGCACAGGGAAGUCAUGGAGGAGAAUUUUUGGAACGUUGCCUCUCUGGGUGCUGGAGUUAUGUUGGCAAUGCGUUCUGAGCCAUCUCUUCUUUCUGAUGGAGUGCAAGAAACAUCAGGACGACUGAAUCAGGCUCUGGUGACCUUUGGGGAGGUGGCUGUGCCUUUCAAGGAGGAGGAGUGGGCUCUGCUGGAUGUGGACCAAAAAGCCCUGCACAGGGAAGUCAUGGAGGAGAAUUUUUGGAAUGUUGCCUCUCUGGCAGGUGACAGGUGGGAGAGGGAGAAGGAGGGAAAAGCCCACAGAAGAUGGUUGGGAGGUGCCAGAUAUGAAAACGGAGACCAAAGGAGAAUGGAAAUGGAAGCAAAGCAGAAGAGGAGGGAUGGGCCUUCUGCUGCUCAGCUUGGUGACUUCCAUAAAAUCCCAGUCGAGAUAAAAAAGGAGGAAGUAAGAGAGAGAAGUCUGUGCCCUGUGUAUAAGGAAAGCUUCAGUUUUGAACCAAACCUCCAACCUCAGUGGAAAAUGAACAUAGAAGAGAAAAUGUGUAAAUGGUUGGAAUCUGGGAACGACUUCAGUGACAGUGAAAAUCUUACCAUGUGUAAAAUAAUCCACACUGAGGAGAGACCGUUAAAACGCUUGGCAUGUGGAAUUGUGAACUCACACCUCACUUCACAUCAAAGGAUUUACUCUGGGAAGAAACCACCUAAAGGCUUGAAGUGCAGAAAGCAUUUCAGGAAGACAGCAAAUCUUACUAUAGAUCAAAGAACCCACACUGGAGAUAAACCAUGUCAAUGCUUGGAGUGUGGAAAGAGCUUCAAUGACAAGGGAUGUGUUACUCAACAUGAAAGGAUACAUACUGGGAAGAAACCAUAUAAAUGCUUGGAGUGCGGAAAGAUCUUCAGUCGAGCACAAUCCCUGACUAGACAUCAAAGAAGCCACACUGGGGAGAAACCAUAUCAGUGCUUAGAGUGUGGACAGAGCUUUAUUGACAAGGGAAAUCUUAAUAAACACCAAAGGACACACAGUGGAGAAAAACCAUAUAAAUGCUUGGUGUGUGGAAAGAGCUUCAUUGUAUUGGACUCCCUUACUAAACAUCAAAGAACGCACACUGGGGAGAAACCAUAUAAUUGCUUGGAGUGUGGAAAGAGCUUCAGGGUGAGUUCACACCUCAGUAGACAUCGCAGAAUCCACACUGGGGAGACACCAUAUCAGUGCUUAGAGUGUGGAGGGAGCUUCAGGUUGAGUUCACACCUCUUAUUACAUCAAAGUAUCCACACAGGAGAGACACCAUAUAAAUGUCUGGAGUGUGGAAAGAGCUUCAGUGACAAGGGAAAUCUUAUUAAACAUCAAAGAAUACACACGGGAGAUAAACCAUAUAAAUGCUUGGUGUGUGGAAAGAGCUUCCUUGUAUCGAACUCCCUUACUGAACAUCAAAGAACGCACACUGGGGAGAAACCAUAUCACUGCUUGGAGUGUGGAAAGAGCUUCAGGGUGAGUUCACACUUCAGUAGACAUCGCAGAACCCACUCAGAGGAGACACUAUAUAAAUGUUUGGAGUGUGGAAAGAGCUUCAGUGACAAGGGAAAUCUUAAUAAACACCAAAGGACACACAGUGGAGAAAAACCAUAUAAAUGCUUGGUGUGUGGAAAGAGCUUCAUUGUAUUGGACUCCCUUACUAAACAUCAAAGAACGCACACUGGGGAGAAACCAUAUCAUUGCUUGGAGUGUGGAAAGAGCUUCAGGGUGAGUUCACACCUCAGUAGACAUCUCAGAAUCCACACUGGGGAGACACCAUAUCAGUGCUUAGAGUGUGGAGGGAGCUUCAGGUUGAGUUCACACCUCACAUUACAUCAAAGUAUACACACUGGGGAGACACCAUAUAAAUGUCUGGAAUGUGGAAAGAGCUUCAGUGACAAGGGAAAUCUUAUUAAACAUCAAAGAAUACACACGGGAGAUAAACCAUAUAAAUGCUUGGUGUGUGGAAAGAGCUUCCUUGUAUCGAACUCCCUUACUGAACAUCAAAGAACGCACACUGGGGAGAAACCAUAUCACUGCUUGGAGUGUGGAAAGAGCUUCAGGGUGAGUUCCCACUUCAGUAGACAUCGCAGAACCCACACUGGGGAGACACCAUAUAAAUGUCUGGAGUGUGGAAAGCGCUUCAGUGACAAGGGAAAUCUUACUACACACCAAAGAACACACAUGGAAGAUAAACCAUAUAAAUGCUUGGUGUGUGGAAAGAGCUUCAUUGUAUUGGACUCCCUUACUAAACAUCAAAGAACGCAUACUGGGGAGAAACCAUAUCAUUGUUUGGAGUGUGGAAAGAGCUUCACGGUGAGUUCACACCUCAGUAGACAUCGCAGAACCCACACUGGGGAGACACCAUUUAAAUGUCUGGAGUGUGGAAAGAGCUUCAGUAGCAAGGGGAAUCUUAAUAAACACCAAAGAACACACACUGGGGAGAAACCAUAUAAGUGCUUGGAGUGUGGAAAGAGCUUCAGUGAUAAAGGAUCUCUUACUACACAUCAAAGAACACACACUGGGGAGAAGCCAUAUCACUGCUUGGAGUGUGGAAAGAGCUUCAGGAUGAGUUCACACCUCACUAGACAUUACAGAACCCACACUGGGGAGAAACCACAUGAAUGCUUGGAAUGUGAAAGAAGCUUCACUGACAAGCGAAGUUUUACUGAACAUCAAAGAACACACACUGGGGAGAAGCCCUAUAAAUGCUUGAAGUGUGGAAAGAGCUUCCAUCGAAACUCAAACCUCACUUCACAUCAAAGGAUUCACACUUCAGAAAAACCAUCUAAGGGCUUAUACUCGGUGGUGAAGGCACCAUCCAGCUUCCUUCUCUUUUAUAAUGGUGCAGAGUUUCAACAUUAUCCAAAAGGCAAAUGGGAGGAAAGGGAGGGGCUGCGAAGGAAGUCUUCCUCUUCCGUUGCUUUGCUCCCUCCCGGUGAGGCUCAGGCGGUCUCCUCUGGUGGCUGCGGCGCUCCACGGGCGCGCUCUGCUUUUUCCAGGAUUCUUUUCCACCACCUUUCAGGAGGUGGCUGUGUGUAUUUCAUGGAGGAGGAGUGGGCUUUGCUGGAUCCGGACUUAAAAGCCCUGCACGGCGGAGUCAUGGAGGAGAACUUUGCAGUGCAGCCCUCUCUGGGUCCUGGAAUUAUGUUGGCAAUGCAUUCUCAGCCAUCCCUUCUUUCUGGUGGAGUGGAAAAAGCAUCUGUCCAACCAGAUCAGGCUCUGGUGACUUUUGAGGAGGUGGCUGUGCAUUUCAGUGAGGAGGAGUGGGCUCUGCUGGAUGCGGACCAAAAAGCCCUGCACAGGGUAGUCAUGGAGGAGAAUUUUUGGAAUGUUGCUUCUCUGGCAGGUGUUAGGUGCAAAAGGGAGAUGGACAAAAAAGCCCAAGGAAAAUUGUUGCGAGGUGCCAGAUGUAAAAACAGAGAAUGCAAAAGAAUGAAAGCUGAAGGAAAACAGAUGAGGAGGAAUGAACCUUCUGCUGCUCAGCAUGGUGACCUCCAUAAAAUCACAAUCCAGGAAAAAAGGGAGGAAGUAACAGAGAUAAGACUGUGCCAGGAGUAUAAGAAAAGUUUCAGUUUUGAACCGAGCCUUCAACCUCGGUGGAAAAUGCACGUAGCGGAGACACCACAUGAAUGGUUGGAAUGUGAGAACAGCUUCAGCGACAGUAGCACUCUUACUAUAAAUCAAAGAAUCAACCCUGGGGAGAAAUCGUUUAAAUGCUUUGAAUGUGGGAAGAGCUUCAUCCGGCAUGUAGCACUUACUAUACAUCAAAGGAUUCACACUGGGGAGAAACCAUAUCGGUGCUUGGAGUGUGGAAAGAGUUUCUGGAAUAAAACAGAUCUUACUAUACAUCACAGGAUCCACACUGGGGAGAAACCAUAUCACUGCUUGGAGUGUGGAAAGAGUUUCCGUGUGAGUUCACAUUUCACUUCACAUCAAAGAACCCACACUGGGGAGAAGCCAUAUAAAUGCUUGGAGUGUGGAAAGAGUUUCCCUCGAGGUGACCGCCUUACUUUACAUCAAAGGAUCCACACUGGGGAGAAACCAUAUAAAUGCUUGGAAUGUGGAAAGAGUUUCCCUCGAGGUGACCGCCUUACUUUACAUAAAAGGAUCCACACUGGGGAGAAACCAUAUAAAUGCCUGGAGUGUGGAAAGAGCUUCAGGGACAAGGGAAGUCUUACUAGACAUCAUAGAAUGCACACCGGUGGGGAGAAGCCAUAUAAAUGUCUGGAGUGUGGAAAAAGCUUCAGUGACAAGGGAUAUCUUACUAUACAUCAAAGAACCCACACUGGGGAGAAACCAUAUAAAUGUUUGGAGUGUGGAAAGAGCUUCAGCGACAAAGGAUCUCUUACAAAACAUCGAAGAAUGCACAUCGGUGGGGAGAAACCAUAUAAAUGCUUGGAGUGUGGAAAGAGCUUCAGUGUGAAUUCAUAUCUCAUUUCACAUCAAAGAACCCACACUGGGGAGAAGCCAUAUCAGUGCUUGGAGUGUGGAAAGAGCUUCCAUCGACCAGAUUCCCUUCUUAGACAUCAAAAAAUCCACACUGGGGAGAAACCAUAUAAGUGCUUAGAGUGUGGAAAGAGCUUUGGUGACAAGGGAAAUCUUACACAACAUCAAAUAACACACAUGAAAGAGAAACCGCAUAAAUGCUUGGAGUGUGGAAGAAGCUUCAGUAUAAGUUCACGCCUCACUUUACAUGAAAGUAUUCACACAGGGGAGAAACCAUAUAAAUGUUUGGAGUGUGGAAAGAGCUUCGGUGACAAGGGAAAUCUUACACGACAUCAAAUAACGCACAUGAAAGAAAAACCGCAUAAAUGCUUGGACUGUGGAAGCAGCUUCAGUAUAAGUUCACACCUUACUUCACAUCAAAGUAUUCACACAGGGGAGAAACCAUAUAAAUGUUUGGAGUGUGGAAAGAGCUUCCAUCGGAGCUCAUACCUUACUUCACAUCAAAGGAUUCACACUAGAGAAAAACCAUGUAACGGCUUAUAGGGUGAAAAACACUUCUGUCAGAGGAAGUCACUAAUCUUAAAUCUGAUGACUGAUGUAAAUAAAUCCCAUUUCAUUUACAAAAACCUGUAAUUUUGUAUUUGAUUUAAAUUUGAUUUAUAAUCAAAAGAGCCACAUUAUGCUAUGGCAAAGAAAGCAUUUCAAGUUACAUUGCAAGCCUCAUUUCAUAGAAAAGUUUUUAAUUAGAUGGGGAACAACUGUAUCUAUCCUUGGAGUGUGGAAAGAGUUUUGGUGAGAGGCACUCCUUUACUCCUCACCAGAUAACCCUCUCCAGUGAUUAAGAUUGUAAUGGAAUUCACUUUAGAAAAGAGCUUCUUUAAUUAAAGUAGCUCUUUUCUAAUGUGAAUUCUUGCUUUGGUUAAAAUUACAGGCUUGUUAGCUUAAUAUUUGUUGCAGGCAAAUUGAUAGAAAGCAUUCUCAAGGAUAAAAUUGUUAAACAUAGAAGAACAGGCCUUGCUGAAGGAGAACCAGCAUGGCUUCUGCAAACGUAAAUCUUGCCUCAACAACCUUUUGGAGUUCUUUGAGAGUGUCAACAGGUGUGUGGCUAAAGGUGAGGCAGUUGACAUAGUAUACCUGGAAUUUCAAAAAGCUUUCAACAAAGUUCCUCAUCAAAGACUGUGAUGGCAUGGGUCUUUGUUCAGCCUAAAAACUCAUUCAAGUUUGUUCCUUUGUGGAUUUCUUGUCUCUCACCAGCCUGUUGGGGAAUUGUUGGUUUUCCAUGUGUCUCUUUUGGCUAGAACAACCUUCAAGUAUUGUUAAGUAUCAUGUAGAUAGUUGCUCCUAAUGUUUGGAAACUUCUACUAUCAGGAAGAAACAUUAAGCUUUUGAAAUAAGUGUUGAGCUAUCAAAUCCAAGGAUAUUUUGCCUGUCUCCAAGAGGAUGAUUGUAAUUACCAGCUCGCUUUAGCUCUUUCCUGUGCCAGAUGCUAAAUUUGCAAAUCUUUUCUAUAAAGACCAGCUUUUAAGGGAGGGAGGUGGGGUCAGUCAUCGGAGGACUCUUGAGGUUGCUGUUUUCAACAUGUUACUUCUAUGUUACUUUUAACUUUGUUAGCUGAGACCAGGCUGCAUGGCUCCUGGGAGUGUGCAGACGUCACUGUGAUGCAGGGUUUUGUUUUCUGAACUGCAACUUAAAACCUAAAAGCCACUGAGCCUCCUGUCUCUAACACCAGACAGGAAGAAAGGUAUCUCGCUUGUGCAUUUUAACCAUUUUGCUUUGUUUGCUUUUAAACUUCCCUGCUUUUUAUCUCAACUUAAAUAAAUUAGCUUUGAUUGUUUAAAACUU